CACUUUUUAAACUUUUUUCUUAAGAAUGGAAUGGCAUGGGAAAAGGAAACAGCAUCGAGACAAAUCAAAAUUUAAAAAUUUAAAAAUAAAAGUAGUUGAUACGAAAAUAAUGGAGUAAAUAGACUUUUCACUCAAAUAAAGAAAGUGAUAAAUACAACAUUAAUGGGCCAGGGCCAUUGAUGAAUUGAACCAAAUCCACCCACGAGCCCACGAGCACCUCUUGUUUUAAGCGCAACUUCUCACUUUUCUUCGCGCUUCGAUCUCCCCCCGUCUCUUUCUCCAUCACGCCCUUUCCCUUCCAUUCUAUAUCCCCGCUAAUACUCUCUUCACUGGUUUACUACAGUUUUCCCUUCAAUUCCUGGUUUACUCUCCUUUUUCUACAACAAUUUUCGUUUUCAAGUCAUGAAUAUAUCUAAUUCGUUCAGUUUGGUUUUGAUUUUUCGCAGAAUUGCAGUAAAUAGGAAGGCGAAGAAGCAGUUGGAAUUUGGAACCGGAUCGAACUUUCAUUCUGAAAUGGAGACGUCCCGGAAAAUCUGCGCGGUUUUUCUAUUUACUCUACUUGCUCUGUACCAGUCUCUCGCCGAAGAUGCUCCGGCGAUUGCUCCAGUACCGGAAACCGCCGCCAACGAUUCCUCCUUUUCCACUCCUCCAUCUGGUUCUGUAUCUCCUCCGGCUCCUCCUCCAUCAGAUCUCGAAUCUCCGUCUCCGUCACCGUCACAUUUGAAUGCGAAAUCGUCCUCACCGUCAUCGUCAGUGUCUCCUGAUCCGAAUUCACAAGACGCAGCGGACAGUCACAGACAUGACCUGGAUAUGAGUAUGCAUGAGGAGAAAUCCAGCGGCAGGGGAAGGAAGGUGGGCAUAGCUUUCGGUGUCAUCUCCGGCGUCUGCGUCGUCGGAUUUGGAACCGUGGUUUAUAAGAAACGUCGGGAGAAUAUCCGGCGAUCUCAGUAUUGAAGAGACGGCCGCGGUUCGUUUCGCUAAUGCGCGUAAAUAUCGGGACAAGGUAACCGUGCUCCUAUAAUAAGAAAUUGAUUAUACAUAAAUCUUCCGUAUGGAUAGUUUUGGUAGGAUACCCGAUUUGGAUAUGAUUGGUUCGACGCUUUUCUGGUUUGUUAGAAUUUGUGACAUUAUUAUAUGGAGAAUCAUUGUUACUAUUAUUACUAUUACUACUAUACAAGUAUUAUUAUAUACUACGUACGUGGUACUUAUAUAAUGAUAAUAUUGGGUGCAUCAGAAUUUCAUUUUUUUCACACGAGAGAUGAUAGGGACUCGGCAGAAUUUAUAACCAUACACCCUUAGUUAAGGUUAUUUCGAUAAUAAUUAUGUACUCCCUCUCCUUCUGUUCCAAUUUGUGUUGCAAAAUUUUCUAUUCUGGUUGUCCCAAAAUGAUUUUGCAUUACCUAUUUUAGCUAUGUAAAUAAGAACAAAGUGACAAAUUUACCCUUUUACUUUUUUCAUCAACUUAAAGACAUCUACUUUUAAG